AUGGCAGCUGCAGUAUGCAUUAAAGAAUCUUUUUCGUGCAUCGAUCGAUCAAAUAAUAGUUUUAGUGAACCUGUUAAUGUAGCAUUAAAAACUUUAACUAAAUCUGAAAAUCCAUCAAUUGAAUUCUUGCAAGAGUCGGAUAAAAAACAAGAUGAAGAAGAUGAAGCAGAUGAUAGUAUAUUACAAAUACAUCCUGAAGCUAUAUAUACUUGUAGAAUUAUGGAUUUGGGGAAUCUUAAUGAAAUUGGAGCAGUCGAGGAAGAAAACGAUGAAGAAAAUGUAUAUGAAGAAAACGAUGAAGACAAUGCAUAUGAAGAAUGA